UCAAACUAAGCUGAAAAAAGAGUACUCUCACACUUUCUCGCAUCUCUCCACCCAACUCAAACUCUGUAACCAUUAACCAAGGAGCGAAUAUAGCCAAUAAAGAAUUUCUUUUCGAAAUUACCAAAAAGUUAAAAGUAGAAGAAAAUGAAGAUUCUGAUAAGAAUUGUGUUCCAGAAGCAAUCGAUUCAUUGAUUGAUUGAUUGCGUUGUCUGUGCGUCUCAAUCUAUAUAUAUAUAUAUUCGUCGAAUCCUCACAGUCCCCCAACAAUUGUAAGCGAAAAUGGCAAAAAUUUUGAAUGGGUUUGGAAUGGUUCCCUGGUUCCACAAAAAGAUCGUCGAUCCGCUCCUCCAUAUCCUCCGAAGUUCAUGAUGCAUUAUUAGUUUUGGCUAGGGGUGCAGAACCGAAGCAAUUGGCCUUCUCGGCGGCUCUUGGAAUUACCUUGGGAGUAUUUCCCAUCUGUGGGGUCACUAUUUUUCUAUGUGGGAUGGCUAUUGCAGUGCUUGGAUCUCUGUGCAAUGCUCCAAGUGUGAUGCUGGCUAACCUCAUCGCUACUCCAAUAGAAUUGAGUCUGGUGGUUCCAUUCCUACGCUUUGGUGAAGUUAUAUCUGGUGGGCCACAUUUUCCGUUAACAUCUGAUGCUCUAUGGAAGGUAUUGACUGGCCAUGCUUCAAGGGACGUCCUGCAAAGCAUUUUCCAUGCGUUGUUGGGUUGGCUUGUUGCGGCACCCUUUGUCUUCGCCACGUGCUAUGUAUUAUUUUUGCCGUGUUUUAAGCUCCUGGUUCGCAAGUUCAGUGCUGUUCCUUCAAGCUCAAGCCCCAAGAAGUCACUCCAUUCCCAAACAGAUGUCAGGCUUAAGAUUCAGUGAGGAGAUAGGAGGACAUUAUGCACCAGAUAUGAUAGGAGGACAUUAUGCACCACAUAUGUUGCAUCUUCUACAAAGAGCAAUGGAAGGGAGACUACCAGAGUUUAACAUAGUAUUUACAAGCUUGGACACAGUUCUAAAAAAAAUAAUUGCUUUUUAUUUAAGACAUUGUAAUAAAUAAAUAAAUAAAUAAAAUUGUAAAAUAUAUAUGUGUCUUUUUCAUAAUAGGUAAAUUGUUUAAUAUGUUUAAAGACAUUCUAAUUAUUUGUAUGUACAUGUAUUAUAUGUCUAAAAUACAACUUUUUGGUAACCAUGUUUAUUAUAAA